GCUGGUGUGGGCUCUCCAUCAUGUGAAAACGCGUCAAUAAUUACAGAAAAAAAAUAUUCAUCACUGAAGGCUGGGAAGUUUCACUGACACUUCCUCACCUGUUGCGGGCUCUCCAUCACAUGAAGUCUAUAAUUCAAAUAAAGAGGAAGUCUUCCUCACCGAAACUUCGUCACCUUUUCAUGAAACAAAGAGAAACUCUUUUGCAUUUGCUAAGACCCAAACUCUUCAAGUAAGACUCCUCUGUUUUCUGAUCACAGUCAAACACUGAACCAAUUAUCUUUUGGCUUCUAUGGAUAACCAAGGAGCCUCUUCUUCUUCCUCUGCUUCUUUCAUCAAGUCAUGGAAAUACCACGUCUUUUUGAGUUUCAGAGGUGAGGACACUCGCUACAAAUUCACGGGCCAUUUGUAUAACGCUUUACGUCAAAAAGAAAUUCACACCUUCAUGGAUGAUGCUGAUCUAAGAAGAGGGGAAGAAAUAUCAACUGCGCUUCUCACAGCAAUUGAAGACUCAAAAAUUUGUGUGGUUGUGUUCUCAGAAAACUAUGCCUCCUCAAAGUGGUGCUUGGAUGAACUUGUUAAGAUUCUUCAUUGCAGAGAAUCAAAACAACAACUAGUCAUACCAGUUUUCUACAAGGUGAAACCAUCAGAUGUACGGAAUCAUAGAGGUAGUUUCGGGGAUGCACUGGCUAAAAUGGAGUGCAAAUACAAAGAUAAGGUCAAGAGAUGGAGGGCAGCUCUUUCAGACGCAGCAAAUUUAUCAGGGUUCGAUCUCUCGGACGAGCAUGAAUAUGAAUCUAAACUUAUUCAGAACAUUGUUGAAGCGAUUUCUAUACAAGUUACAAAACUUACUUAUUUGAAUGUGGCAAAGUACCCGGUUGGAAUGGAACCUCAUAUGCAAGAUAUGAAAAAGCUUUUAGAAUUGGGGGAAAACGAUGUUCGUAUGGUAGGGGUAUGGGGAACCGGCGGAAUAGGGAAGACCUCAAUUGCUAAAUUUAUUUAUAAUUCAAUUGCCCAUAAAUUUGAAGGUAAUUGUUUUCUGGAAAACGUUAGACAAUGUUCAAUGUGGCAUGGAGGUUUGGCCAAACUACAAAGGAAUAUUCUUCUUCAGAUUCUAGGGGGUGAAAAAUUGAAGGUGGCCAACGUUCAUAAAGGGGCCAAUAUGAUACAGGAAAGGUUGAGCGGUAGAAAGGUUCUCUUGAUUCUUGAUGAUGUGAAUCUCGGGGAACAGUUAAUCAACUUAGCUGGGGCAUGUGAUUGGUUUGGUGCAGGCAGUAGAAUUAUCAUAACAACAAGGGAUAAGCAACUGUUAAUUGCUCAUGAUGUUAAUUUAAUACACGAGGUCAAGAUUUUAGAUGAUGAUAAAGCACUUGAGCUCUUAAGUUGGCAUGCCUUCAAAAGAAAUGAACCUUUGGAUGAUUAUGCGGAACUUGCAGAACGUGCAAUAAGCUAUGCUCAAGGCCUUCCUUUGGCUUUGACAGUUGUUGGUUCUUGGCUAUAUGGUCGACCUAUAGAUAAAUGGCAAGCUGCAUUAGAUGGUUUCAAAAGUCGGGAUAUUGAACAAGUGCUCAAAGUAAGUUACGAUGCAUUGCCUGACAGGGUAAAGGACGUGUUCCUUGACAUCGCAUGUUUCUUUAACGGUAAAAGCACAAAUUAUGUGAUAGAAAUACUAGAAGAUUGUGACCUCAACCCUACGUAUGACAUUGAAGUACUCAAAGAAAAGGCUCUCAUAAGUGUUGAAGGAAAUGAUAUUCACAUGCAUGACUUACUUGAAGAGAUGGGUAAGGACAUAGUUCACCAAGAGUCACCCAAUGAACCAGGGGCACGUAGCAGAUUGUGGUUUUAUAAAGAUGUUCAUGAUGUUAUCACUAAUAAUACAGGAACAAAUAAAAUCAAAGGCAUCGUGGCAAAUUUUCCCAACAAAGGCGAUGAGAUAUGCUUGUAUCUUGAAAGCUUCUCCGUGAUGAAAAAUCUUAAAAUUAUCAUAAUCUGUAACGCAUGCCUUUCUGGAGAAGUUGAGUAUCUACCAAACAAUUUGCGAGUGCUUCAGUACGUCCCUGAAAAUUUUUCAACCGCAUCAAACAACGAGGUGUGAGAUUGAUGGGCUUUGAGGCACCCAAUUCAUUGGCAUAGGAGAAUCAUCAGUAUAGUGAUCCAAAAGAAAAUAUACAACCUGAUUCCAAAACUGAUACAUUUAUAUUUCAAUGUUGUAGCAAUUCUCUUUUUUUGUCUCAAAAUACUUCUUCAUAAAAAAAAAA